GAGCUGGGUCUGCAUUGCUUGGUAAAGAGGGAGCUAUGGCGUGUACAGUAGCUGUGGAGUCUGUAAUUGGUCAACAUUAUAAUGAUCAGAUAAGAGAACUAAUGGAGGAUGAUCCAGAGAAACACAAAGAAUUACUUAAGACAUUAAAAGAAUUUCGAGAUGAUGAGUUACAUCAUCAUGAUACUGGGCUGGAACAUGAUGCAGAGAAGGCGCCAUUUUACAAUGUGAUGACAGAGGCUAUCAAAGUUGGAUGUAAAGGUGCAAUUUGGAUCUCUGAAAAGAUAUGAAUGUGGCUAGUGACUUUAACUGUAUGAAUUGAAAGAAUUGUAUCAUUAAAUGACAUCAAAUGGUGUGUUAAGAUAGGAAAUGUCGGUAUUCAACAUCUAAGUGAAAUAAAAUUACUGUUAUGUUCUAACAUUUAACAAUGAAUAAAUUGUUAUAAAUCAAGCAUAUAUAAUCAAGUACUUGAACUUUUCAUUUGGAUAAGGUGUACUCUGAUAAAAAUGAAAGAUAAUGUACAUAUAUGUACAUGUAAUAUAUGUACAUUACCUUUUUCUCAGAUUUUGCUUAACAAAUACAUGUACUUUAUUUAUAAAAUAUUAUUGUAUUGGUAAAUUUAUCCAUCAUGAAUUUGUCAAUAUGUUAACUGUUAACUUUCUUUAUGAAAUAAAGCAUGAUAAAAAG